AUGGAAACGAAGUAUACAGAAGAGGUCCCUUGUUGCUCUAGCAACAACAGUGGGGGUCAUUUGAAUCAAAAUGCAAGCAGAGGACCGCGUUCAUCUUUGGGUGGCGGAUGCUUCCCCUCCCCAACUUCCGCUAGAAGAUUGACGUCGCUCCGGACUCGGGAUCUGACACUAGGAGGCGUCCUGAAAAAAACUAAGAAAACCUUCGAGCCAAACGUCAAUGCUGUAAGGAAAAGCAAAGAUGACAUAAAGCAAGAGAUUCAAGUGACGCCAAAAAGAGAGCGAAAACAGAGGCAAGAUAGAAGAAGCGCAAACAGAGGCAGGAGGAAAGAGAAGCCGCAGACGAUCCAGUGUCACUCCAUCUUUGAACAGGGUCCUGCGGACUCGCUGCGGAAAACAGGCUGGGUUGCUACUGCAGACGUGUGUGACACCACCUCACCUCCUAAAUUUCAACCAGUAAAAAAAGAGCACCUCGACUCUGACGAUGAAGAUGAGAUACUCCAAAAACUACAACGAGAUGAUUUCAUAUGUGAUCCAAGUUUGAGGAAUGACACAAAGCGAAAACCCAUCCAGUUACCCCUGAGUCAGACGAGCACAACAUCAAGUCAAGCGAAGCCCUUUCUUGGACCACCGUCCUCGGGUGCUCAGGUUACAACAAGCCAUCACAGAGACCAGCCAUCUUUAGUUGAGAAACUGCAAGGUCUCUGCCUGUCCGGCAAGGAGGAACUCUUCUUCAUGCAGUUACCUGACUGUAUGCCGGCGAGAGCACAAAAACCCGACGUCCAUCCUGAACCCAAAUCCGAGAAAGCUGGCAGAGAAAAGAAGCCGCUGCAUGCGAAAGCACAAGUGAGCGAGUCUCCUCCGGUGAAGUGCUCCCCCGUGCUGUCAGAAUUCCCAGAUGGAUUUCUAGGAAAGCUCCAAAUACGAAAAUCGGGGAAGGUGGAGAUGAAACUGGCUGAUAUUGUACUGGACAUCACGGAUGGAGCCGCUUCCUCCUUCCUUCAGCAACUGGUGUCCGUCAAUCUGUCCGACGCCAAGACUGGAGACAUGAUGGUGUUAGGAAAUAUUAAACAUAAACUGGUGGUAUCUCCAAAUUUCCAAAAUUUAUUGGAACAAUCGACACAACAGCAGCAACAAGGAUCCUGA